AUGGUACAACGAAAUCUACCCAUUGCGACCACAAAAAUCACGAUGCUUUCCCGGCGAGUUGCGACAGCUCGCCCGCUGCGGAAUGCUUUCCCUGUCAUUCGACGAGCAGCUCUCAAUCAACAGCGAGGAGUUGCGCAGGCUGGACCAGAAUAUCCCAGAUUAACUGACGUCGAGGAUCCUGGAAUGAAUGGAGGAUACAUCAAUCCACCACCGGUCAAACGUCAAUUUCGUGACCCUCAUGCAGAUUGGUGGGACAAGCAAGAGCGUCGAAACUAUGGAGAGCCAGUUCAUGAGGACAAUGAUAUCCUAGGGAUGUUUUCGCCGGAGGAGUAUACGCACACCAAGCCAGGCAAGGGUUUGUUCCAGAUCGGAUGUUUUAUUGCAGCCGUUCUAGGACUCUGUACUGUAGUUGGGAUGUCAUACCCGGAUAAGCAGUCGGUACCAAGAGAGUUCGAAGGCGGACUGGAACGGGAAUUGGGAGGGCCAACCGCAGUCAGGGCGAGGGCUCCAGGUGAUGAAUAG